AUGGAGGCGGACAUGUCGCGGGCGGCGCAUGGAGUUCCUCGUUCGAAGACCCACGCAAACGUCAUCAUCGCGCAGGUGGACUUCCGGCUUGCGCCCGAGUACCCUAUCCCGACGCAGGUCAACGACUGCUUCGACGCCUACAAAUGGUGCUACGUCAAUGCGUCCAAGCUUGGAGGGGACCCCAAGCGCUUCUUCUCGAUCGGGUCCUCGCUGGGAGGCACCGCGGCCGUGGGGGUCGCCUUGAAGCUCAUCGACGAGAACCUGGGCCACAUGGUGUCGGGGAUUGCUGUCUUAUGCCCGGCUCUGCUUCACCCGGAGUGUGUGCCCGAUGAAUACAUAGCUAUGUUCAAGUCCUACGAGGAGAACUGGACGUGUGCGCCGUUGCAGGAUGGGCAGAGCAUGAUGCUGUUCUACGGCCACAACAACGGCACCAUCCAGCGCGCCAACCCAUACGCCUUUCCCUGCCUGCAUCCUGGGAUUCCCCGUCUGCCCCCCGUCUACCAGGCCAUCUGCGAAGCCGAUCCGGUGCGCGAUGACUCGACCGUGUUCAGGCACCAGCUCGAUAAAUGCGGGAUUCGAAACCACUUCCAUACGUAUCCGGGCAUGCCGCAUUAUUUCUGGCUGUUCCCGCAGCUCCCGAGUUCGGAGAUGUUCCAUCGGAAUGUCGUGGAGGGGGUGAAGUGGGUGCUGAGCCAGAUGGAGUGA